UGCCACCACGUGGGCCCUGCCCCGAAGCAACCCUCAUCCUGUGCAUGCGCAAAGAAUAGGGCUGCUUGAUCAAGCGGCGUGGCAGCAAGGAUAGUACGAAGCAACACAUGGGAAUCCCCUUCCCGUUUGUAAAAAAAAACAUUGCAACCAUUUUUGAAAAGUCUGAACGAAUUUGUUCACCUCCCUGUGGGGUUGCUCAUCGGUGUGUAGAAGGGGGAGAGCAAAUUGGGAAGUGCGCAAAAGAAUAGUAGUGGAGGCACUGCAUAGAAUAUAGACAGGCAAGCGCUUUCGCGAAUUGGACGAGCCAGCGAAGGGGGGAGGACGCCCCCCCCAGCAGCGUGAAGAAGAAAACUUCUCAUUAUACGAAGCGGCCGCAAAUUGCGCAACCCCUCUGCGUGUGCACCAAUGACGAAGGGAACGGCGGGGAGCCAACCAGGCAAACCCGCGAAGAACAAACCCAUCCUGCUGAACAAGAAGCUGCUGAUCGUGAAGUCCAACGAAGACAUCAAGAAGUUGAUCAAAAAGGAAAAUCCGACGGAGGAAGAAGUGAACGAAUUGAAAGCACAACUGGAAAGUAGCGAACAAAAAACGGAAAAAAAAAAAAAAAAAAAUAUUGUAAUUCCAAGAUUUAAAAUAUGCGAAGAUGAUGAAACGUAUACAAGUAAAUUAAAAAUAUUUGAGAAGCCCCCUCACUACAUCAGGUACGAACUUUACAAAGACCAAGUGACAGGAAUUAAGUUAACAGAUGGGUCCAUUAUCCACUACGAUUUGUUAAAGGAGGAUGAACUCUUUCUACAAAGUCUUAAUGCGUACAUAAACAUCCAAGUGAAUGAUGAAGACUUCUGCAAGUUAAUCGAUAAGUUUGAAAAGUUGACAGGCUACUCAGAAAAUAAAGAAGAAAUAAAUUUGAAGGAUGCCAUAAAAGCAGCAGCUGAUUUGAAAAUCACUCUCAAGAGUAACGUUGUUAAGGAUAUCCAUACGUACUGGAAGAGUAAGAGGAAAAGACUGGGAAGGCCACUGCUCCGAAUGUUUUGGAACAACUCCCAAAAUAUUUUGCCACACUAUUCAGUGUUCAGAUCAAGGGUGAAAGAAAAAAUGACUCUGAGGAAGCACAAGAAGAAGAACAGCGAAAUUAUUUUGAAGAUGCAGGAACUUAUAGAAGAUUUUAGGCGACUCGAUCGAAUAUUACGCAAAAUGAAGCAGAGGGAUGAGAAGAAGCUACUCCUACUGCAGCUGAACUCCAUCCUCUUCGAUCAGAGGAAAAACGAAAUAAAGGACAAGACGUACGUCUGCCCCAUGUGGAACUACUUUAAGGAUUACAAGAUGGAGAAGAUUUACAAAAAGCUUAAGAAGGACAAGUACUACAAGAGCUUCAGGAAAAUAAACAAACGGGCAAAGAGCCAAGGGCUCUGCGAGCAAAUGAACGUGCUCAAAAUAAAUAAAAGUGAAUACAAAAAUGUGGUGCUCGUUAAGAGAAGAGGGAGAAGCAACCGAAUAUGGGUCGACCGAAAGUUCGUAAACGAGUUGAAUAGCGAAGAUAUUAACUGCUGCGAUUUGUCGUACACCUUUAACGAUUUCGUGGAGGCCUCUCUAAAUUUAAAAAAAAAUUACGAAGAGGACUUGUGCAACUACAUCUCCGGAAGGCAGAAGCAUAUUCCCAUCAAGCUGGGCAUCAAAAGCGGCGACAUUAAAAAUUUGGACUCGAACUUUUUUAGCAACCAGCGAAAUGGGGAGCAGCAGCCGGGGGGGGACGGCGCGGGGGUGGCCGCUGCAGAGAUUGGCACCGCAGAGAUUGGCACUGUGGGCACUGUGGACACUUCCACCGCGGGGAUUGCCACCUCUGCAUUCGGCGACGGAGGCAUCCUCUUCGAGAAGUACGAAGAAAUGAAAAGGGAGAAAAAAAAGAGGAAAAGAAAGAAAGACCCCCAAAAUGCUGCCGAUGCUGCCGAUGCUGCCGAUGCCGCUAAUACCGCCAAUGCCGUGGCGAGCACCUCGUGCGACCCCGUCAACGCCUUUUCCCCCCAACCAGUGGAAGACGAGUCAGCCGCCUCGCACAGGUAUGCGAACGUUACCACGGGCGCAUCUGCGGAAGGAAGCCAUAACUACCUGGACUACCCCUCAAACUGUAACAACCAAACGGAAGAGAGCAGAUUUUCUAAUUUCAUGUGCAGCAAAGAGGACGCAGAGUUAAUAGGGAGUAGCUCCCUGUGGGGAAAGUACCACGCGAAUACGAAUGAUGCAUCUAAUGGGAAAUCAAAGCCCUAUGAAGAUGACUCACCAUACGCUCUGAUGAGUCUUUCAAACGAUAAGGUGGAGAGUGCCCUGAAUGAAUCCAAACUUAUAAGCAAUGCAGAUGCGAACAAUAAAAAUGAAAGUGCCAAUUCGGUUCACAGCAGUGAGCAGGCAAGUUACAACAAAGCGCUCUUUCAGUUUGACGAUUUGAUAAACCCUCAGCUCAAUAGGGACAAUUACAUUUUCUGUUUGAGCAAAUAUGCAUGUGUACAGAAGCGCAUUUUAUUUUACCUUGAAAAUAUGCUUAACUUUGAUACCUUUAAUUUUAAGAGCAAGAAAAGGGAAACCGGCGCAAGUGCGCCUCAGGGCGGUCCCAGCUCUGCGGCGCCGGCGGAGCUUCCCCCGGACGGGGAGAACGUGGACGCGGUGCGAGAAGCAGAACCGCCAGAUGUGCAAGCGGUCCAAGCGGUCCAAGCGGCGGUCGCCUCGGUGGAGCCGAGUGAUAAGCCAGAAGGAGGAGGGGUCGAGGCCGGCGUGCCUGACCCAGCUGAGGUACCAAAAAUCGACCCUCAUAACAAGUAG